UUACUGGUAGAUUUUAAAGACAAGUUACUAUUCCCACAAUCAGUGAGGCCUAGAUACAUAUUUGUGUUAAAAAUGGGUGAUUCUGUACCUAUCGUGAAAAAUGUAAUUCACGCUGGGCAGAAAUACAAACCAAUAUCUGAUGGAAGCAAGGUGCACUUUCAUUUUCAAACAUGGAAGUGUGGGAAAGAGAGAAUCCUCAUUGACGACAGCAGGAAGAUCGGCAAGAAGGAGCCCAUGAUUCUAGUCAUCGGUCACAAGUUCAAGCUGGAGGUCUGGGAGUCCAUAGUCAAAAUGAUGGCCGUUGGAGAAGUGGCCAGCUUUACUGUUAAAAAAGAACUAGUAUUCAGCUAUCCGUUUGUGUCGAAAACAUUACGGGAGCUCGGACAGGAGACCAGUAAGAAGAAGCAUGCCUGCACUAUGACAUUGCACACAGAAGGCAUUGGCUACCCCGACUUGGACAAUUUGAUGAAGGAGCCAUGUGAUUUAGAAUUCAUCAUAGAACUGCUUCGAGUGGAAAGAGCCGACGAGUACGAGAAGGAAGUGUGGCAGCUCUCCUCGCAAGAGCGGCUGGAGCUGGUGCCCAGUCUCCGGGAGAAGGGGAACCAGCUGUACGGACAGAAGAAAUAUGAUGAAGCAGAGGAGGUGUAUGCUAAGGCCAUUGCUAUUUGUGAACAGCUUAUGAUAAGAGAACGAAAAUGCGACGAGGAAUGGAUCAACUUGAACAAAAUAAAGUUGCCCCUACUACUGAACUACGCGCAGUGCAAACUCAUCAAAGGCGAGUACUACGCGGUCAUCGAACACUGCAACACCGUCUUAGAACACGAUAAAGACAAUGAAAAAGCUCUAUACAGGCGAGCGAAAGCCCACAUCGGAGCGUGGAACCCGUCGCUCGCGGAAGAGGACUUUCUCCGGCUGAAGAGCCUCAACCCCACGAUGGGCCCAGCGGUGGACAAGGAACUAACACACAUAAGGACACUACAGAAAGACAAGGAGAGCAAAGACAAGGACGCCUUGAAAAAAAUGUUCGGCACCGACAACGGCACGUAG